AUAAUAGUUAAAUAUUGCAUACAGUGCAUCAACUAUCAUUGCUACAUGACACUCAAACCCUGCAGAUCAAAGCAAGAAUGUUCAGCCUAUUCUCUUUGAUUUCUCUGCUCGUGAUUCCUGUGAUCUGCAGCCAGGAAUGGCAGGUUCAGUACUCAUUUCCGAUGAAAUGUGCCCUAAAGGGUUCAACAACACAUUUAUCAGGCAGUUAUAACCAUCCAAAUCAUCACACUGUGACAGAGACAUUCUGGACUGUAAACCCAGUUAAAGGUAAAGAACCCGUCAAUCUGUUGGAUCAUCCAGAUUACAAAGGCAGAGUUCAGUAUUUACCUGAUAAAGAGCAACGAGCUUUUGUUCUCAAACUCAGUAAUGUGUCACAUCAGGAUGAAGGAAGGUACUGCCUCAGAAUCGUGGCAAAAGAAGAUAGAUAUCUGGGUUAUCCUGGCAUUGAGCUCAACGUGACAGAGCUCAGAGUGGAGAUUCCUGAAGAGAUCGUUGAGGGAGAAUCACCCGUUUUAUUUUGUAAAACCACCUGUAUCCUCUCAGAUAAAACAGACUUUACCUGGUAUAAAAACGGCAAGCGUUUAUCAGAAUCGAGCGACACGGAUAAGCUGUUGCUGCAGUCAGUCAGCAGUGAUGAUACGGGAAACUACAGCUGUGCAGUGAGAGAUCAGCAACAUCUGCCAUCUCCUGCCAUCACUCUCAGCGUCAGAUAUCCUCCAAAGAGCGUCUCGGUGUCCAUCAGUCCGUCUGGUGAAAUAGUGGAGGGAGAUUCAGUGACUCUGAGCUGCAGCAGUGACUCAAACCCUCCUGCUCUGAACUUCAGCUGGUUUAAGGAGAAUCAAAGCUCAGCUGUUGGAUCUGGACAGAGUUUCAUCAUCUCCAGCUUUAUCUCCAGUCACAGUGGACGCUACUAUUGUGAGGCUCAGAAUAAACAUGGAUCUCAGAGAUCAGCGUCUGUGUCUGUAACAUCUGCAGGUGGCCAGAAAACCCUUCUGCAUGCAGCGGCUGGAAUCGGGGCGGCGCUCAUCUGCAUCUGUAUUAUUAUUGUAGUAAUAAAAAUCAGCAGCAGGAAAACAGGAGACGCCGGCGGCCAAAGUGACGUUUCAAAACAGGAAAACAACAGCACAGCCGUGACGGAUCAGACGAGCGCGAAACCUUCAAAAACAGCCGAUCCGAAUGACUUAGUGUACGCCAGCGUCACUCACAGCAGACCCAGAGAACCCCAGAGAGCUGGAGAUGAAGAUGAGGUUCAGUACGCCAGCGUCCAGCACCACAGAAACACCAGGAACACGACUGCGGAGGCCGGAUGUCAGUAUGGAAACACUGUUUCUGCCGGAUCAAAUGCUGAAAAGGCGGAUGAUUCCGAUGUGAUCUACAGCAGCAUCAAAGUUGCAUGAAGAAUCGGAGCGUCACUGAACAUGCUUCUCCAUUUUCCUACAUUGAAGUCGGCAUGAAAUAGAAGUUGCGACUAAAAAGCGAUUCCGCUUAACAAACAAGACUUUAUUUUAUACGGAUAGGCCUACAUAUGGAUGGAUCGAUCACAGAAAGAUGCAUUAAGAAAAUAAACAGGGUGAAUUUAAAAUUUUUACUUUGUGUUGACGUUUGAGUUGAAAUGUGCUUGUGUGACCGUGUGCGGUGACUUUAAAUACACAACAAUUGUGUGAGAAACAGGACGUGAAACUAUAAGAGCUGUGAGCAAGCAUAUGCAAAACUUCCAUUUCUGAAUGGAGGAGAGGUUUAAUUACGCUGAAUAAACUGCUUUUGU